AUGCAACAGCGUCGUUCAGGUUCAGAUCAACAACAAGAUCGAUUUGCUGAUGCUAAAGUGGAAGAUUUUAUUGGUAAAUUUUAUGAAUUAUGUAAAGAUCAAAAUGGAUGUCGUUUCUUGCAAAAAAAGAUGGAAGAAAAAGAAGAUGGAAUGAAGAAUCUUGAGAUGAUCUUUAAUGAAAUUCAUCCUCAUUUUACAGAAUUAAUGACUGAUCCAUUUGGCAAUUACCUUUGUCAAAAAAUGCUUGAAAAAUGUAACCAUGAUCAACGUACAAUAAUUGUAGAAACAGUAGCACCUGAAUUAGUUAAGAUUGCAUUAAAUAUGCAUGGAACAAGAGCAGUUCAAAAAUUAAUUGAAUAUCUCUCAACAACUGAACAGAUUAAAACUGUCACUGCUGCUUUAAAAUCAAAUGUGGUGACGUUAAUUAAGGACUUGAAUGGAAAUCACGUCAUUCAAAAAUGUCUUCAUAGAUUAUCAUCAAAAAACAACCAAUUCAUUUAUGAUGCAGUUUGUGAUAAUUGUAUUGAAGUUGCUUCACAUAAACAUGGGUGCUGCGUAUUACAAAGAUGUUUUGAUCAUGCUACUGUUUCACAAAAGGAUCAAUUGGUAGAUGAAAUAGCUAAGCAUGCACUUCCUCUUGUACAAAAUCCUUUUGGAAAUUAUGUUGUGCAAUAUGUACUUGAAUUGGGAGUCACUCGUUACUCUGAAAGUAUUAUUCAUCGCUUUGUGAAUCAUGUUUGUAUUUUAUCUGUACAAAAGUUUAGUUCAAAUGUUAUAGAAAAUUGUAUUCGUACUGCUCAGCCUGCUACACGUCGUUUACUAAUUGCUGAGCUUAUUGAUCAAAACGUGAUGGAGAAGUUAUUACAUGAUUCAUUUGCUAAUUAUGUUGUUCAAACAUCUCUGGAUUUUGCAGAUGAAGAUCAACGUGCCGAGCUUGUUGAAUGUAUUCGCCCUUUGUUACCUACAAUUCGCACCACGCCUUAUGGAAAACGUAUUCAUAGUAAAAUAUUUCGAGAUCCAAAAUCAGCAAACAAAUCUCAACCUAUUCAACAACGCCGUCAACAACAACAACAACAACAGCCAAACGAACAACAAAUAGAGGCCGGUGAAUUGCAUGAUGAGAUUACUGCAUCUUUAGUGUAUCAAUAA